ACUAAUCUUGUCCGCGCAAUACACUCGCUCUAUGAGAGCAAUUAGAUUCAGCACCGUUUCCAGUGCCUCUGCAAUGACUCAUUGAAACAUCUUCUGUGCUGAUAAAGCCGCAUCUCUUUUCUCCCCCCACUGCGCACACACACACACACACACGCACACACACACACAUCCACUGGCAAGCACACAACAGGACGUAUAGUUGGAGCACGCACGGACUGACUGGCGCGUCUGACUUUGGAUUUUGCGGAGCAGCAGGCUGGACUUUAUUGUGUUUUCUCCUUAUAUGGUUUCGCUUGAAGUCGGGAUUUUACAUUAAAGAGUCAGACGGUGGAGACACGGGCUGAGGACAUCCCGUCAAGCUGGAUUCCAGAUAACCUGAGCGUAUCAGGCCUUCUCUUGGACAGGAGAGUGGUACCGCCACCACCAGUCUCCAUGCAGGCUCUCGAGAUGGGGAGCUCUGGGAAAGCUGCUUUGUUUGGCUGGAGCUCCUUCGCUCAGUUCACAGCCUGAGGAGAAACAGGAAGCGUCUUGGUGGUGGGGCGGGGAGGGGGGCGCCGAGGACCCAGUGGACCAUAACCACAACCUGCCAAGCUCAGGCUUAGCACAGCAGGAGCAUGUCAGUGCCCGGAGGCCCUUCAUUGAUGUGUCACUCCAUGGCCAAGGCCAGCCUUCUGCUGUGGAUAGGGCUGGUUACCAUCUGUGUGGCUGCUGUUCAAGCCCAGCAGUACCCAGUAGUCACCACCAAUUAUGGGAAAUUGCGCGGAGUGAAAGUUACAUUACCCAAUGAGAUACUGGGACCGGUGGAGCAGUAUUUGGGAAUCCCAUAUGCAUUGUCCCCAACGGGGGAGCGGAGGUUCCAGCCUCCGGAGCCGCCCAUGUCCUGGCCGGGCAUCAGGAAUGCUACUCAGUUUGCGCCAGUUUGUCCUCAGUUCUUAGAGGACCGCUUUUUACUCAAUGAUAUGCUCCCUGUGUGGUUCACUGCCAACUUGGAUACAGUGGUAACCUAUGUGCAGGAUCAGAGUGAGGACUGCCUUUACCUGAACAUCUACGUCCCAACAGAGGAUGGCACCGACACAAACAGACAAGGCGCAGAUUUCAGCAGUAAAGGUGGCAGUGAAACAGACAUCCACGAUGAGAACGGGUUGAAGCCGGUCAUGGUUUACAUCCAUGGAGGCUCCUACAUGGAGGGAACCGGCAACAUGAUUGAUGGCAGCAUCCUGGCCAGCUACGGCAACGUCAUCGUCAUCACGAUCAACUACCGGCUUGGAGUUCUGGGGUUUCUAAGCACAGGAGACCAGGCAGCCAAGGGCAACUACGGCCUGCUGGAUCAAAUUCAGGCUCUCAGGUGGAUCAAAGAAAACAUCCAGGCCUUCAAAGGAGACCCAAAGAGAGUGACCAUUUUUGGCUCGGGCGCUGGAGCGUCAUGCGUCAGCCUGCUCACCCUCUCGCAUUACUCAGAAGAUCUGUUCCAGAAAGCUAUCAUCCAGAGUGGCACAGCCCUGUCCAGCUGGGCUGUCAACUACCAGCCGGCCAAGUACACCAGAGCCCUCGCCGAGAAGGUGGGCUGCAACAUGCUGGACACCAUUGACCUGGUGGAGUGCCUGCAGAAGAAGAACUACAAGGAGCUGAUAGAGCAGUACAUCACACCCGCAAAGUACCACAUCGCGUUUGGGCCUGUGAUCGACGGCGACGUGAUCCCGGACGACCCCCAGAUCCUCAUGGAGCAAGGAGAGUUCCUCAACUACGACAUCAUGCUGGGGGUGAAUCAAGGUGAAGGGUUCAAGUUCGUAGAUGGGAUUGUAGACAGCGAGGACGGAGUAUCAGCCAAUGAUUUUGACUUUGCCGUGUCGGAUUUUGUGGAUCAUCUCUAUGGCUACCCGGAGGGCAAGGACACCCUGCGUGAGACCAUCAAAUUCAUGUACACCGACUGGGCAGAUAAGGAGAACCCAGAGACCCGACGCAAGACCCUGGUGGCUCUGUUCACCGACCACCAGUGGGUGGCCCCGGCUGUGGCCACGGCCGACCUCCACGCCCAGUAUGGCUCACCCACAUACUUCUACGCUUUCUACCACCACUGUCAGAGCGACAUGAAGCCCAGCUGGGCGGACUCGGCCCACGGCGACGAGGUUCCAUACGUGUUUGGGAUCCCAAUGAUCGGUCCGACAGAUCUCUUCAACUGCAACUUCUCCAAGAACGACGUGAUGCUGAGCGCCGUGGUCAUGACCUACUGGACCAACUUUGCUAAAACAGGGGAUCCAAACCAACCAGUUCCACAGGACACUAAAUUUAUCCACACGAAGCCCAACCGGUUCGAGGAGGUUGCAUGGACAAAGUACAACCCCAAAGACCAGCUUUACCUUCACAUCGGUUUAAAACCUCGAGUGCGAGACCACUACCGCGCUACCAAGGUGGCGUUCUGGCUGGAACUAGUCCCACACCUUCACAAUAUAAAUGAGUUCUUUCAAUAUGUGUCCACUACUACCAAGAUACCACCGCAGGACACCACCCCCUACCCUUACACUAAGCGGUUCCCGGGUAAAAAUAGUUGGCCUUCCACCACGCGCCACCCAGGGGUGCCGCCGCCCAACACCAAACAGACCACAGAUCAGCGCAAAAGUGGCGACCUGACGGAUGAGUCAACUGUUGUGAUCGAAACCAAGCGGGACUACUCCACCGAGCUCAGCGUCACCAUUGCAGUUGGAGCGUCGCUGCUCUUCCUCAACAUCCUUGCAUUCGCCGCGCUCUAUUACAAGAAAGACAAACGGCGGCACGAGUCCAACCGUCGUGUCCCCACCCCACAGCGCAACUCCGCCCAAGCCAACGCCCCGUCCGCCGCCAACGAUGUGGCGCACCUUCAGAGCGAGGAACUGAUGUCGCUGCAGAUGAAGCAGCAGCAGCUGGAGCACGACCACCACCACGAGUGCGAGUCGCUGCAGACCCACGACACGCUGCGACUCACCUGCCCGCCCGACUACACCCUCACCCUCCGCCGGUCGCCCGACGACAUACCCCUGAUGACGCCCAGCACCAUUACCAUGAUCCCCAACUCCCUGGCUGGCAUGCAGCCUCUGCACAACUUCAACACUUUUGGUGGCAGCCAGAACAGUACCAACCUGCCCCACGGUCACUCUACCACUCGGGUAUAGCUCAGCUGGGUGCCAGACUCUUUUCUGGAUCCCACACAAGGCAAAUACUGAGCUGUGUGCAGCACAGACUCCAAAGUCCCAGCAGAUGUUAUUUUGCUACCAUGCCUUCUUGUAAAAGUAUAUACAGUAUAAAAUGACCAUAAACUCAUGAACAUAUUCAAAGUGAAUGUUACUAUAGUAAUAACUCUUUCUGGAGCGAAGCUUCACGGAAGGUUUUCGAGGAGUUUUACCAAAAGAAAAAAGGCAACCGGUGGAUGACUGUUACUGUAAUAUUCUUACAAAUACAAAAACAAGCAGUUUCUGUGUCGACAAAAGGAGCCUUCGGGGAGGCUUUGUGCCAUAGAUACACACUAGCUAAACAGCGACGAGAGUUGUUGAAAAAGCAACAAUGGAAACAUCAUCUUUUCACGAUCCUUCAUCCAUCAGACACCUGAACUUGGGCACAGAAUUCUACACCCCAGCCUGAAAUGUAUUUAUGAAAACUUUGUAAAAAAGAACAAAAAAAAAAAAAGAAAAACACAAGAAAAAAGGUAUGUAGUUGUGUGUGGAAAUUGAAAAAAGAAAAAAGUUUUAAAAAAGAGAAAAAUAUCAAAAGAGUUCCUUCGAUUAUCGUUUUUAUUUUGGCUGAGAUCUUUUCGGGUUUUAUUUUUUCCAGCUCGUGCUUUCUGUUGAGGUGUGUGUAAAUAUAUAUUCGUCAUUCUCCCCCUCCCCCCGAUGACAACCUGUGUUUCAUUAGUUUUUCACAGAUAUGACCAAAAUGCGAACACAAUCCCAUCCUUGGAGAGUUGCACACCGUUGCAGGUCAUCACAUACUGUCUCGUGCAUUGCUUUGUGUCCACUCUUUAGACAUUGCAUGUCCAGGAAGAGCUUUACUCUGCAUUCUCCGUGCGAGAAUGACGACUGACUGACUCCCAUCAACCUGCCGUCAUCCUGUUAUGCUUUUAGUAGUUUAUUUCUUUGUGGGCUUUUUUCUGUCUUGCAAUCUCAGCACUGCCUGAGCUUACAAUGUGACCAGCAAUGUAUUAUUUAGAAAUAAAAAAAGGCAGUGAAUUCUUUUUUUUUUUUUUGUAUUAAUAUUAGUUGGAUAUGUUUGUAAAGAAAUAUAUGUUAGAUAUUUCAAAUUGUCAUAUGCUAGCAAUAUGUAAAGUAUUGUGCCAGGCUUGUGAUAUUUUGGGUUACAAAAAGCAAGUGAAUGAGUGUAAAUAUUAAUGAUAUUAAUUAUUAUAAAAUUACAACGCAGUAACCAUUAACUCUCUUUCCGUUUUGCAUCCUAUUAUGACAAAAAAAAAAAUGGACGUACAUCGAGAAGAUUUUAAGCUACAUUUGUAAAUUCUAUAAAAGAUAUAUUCUUGGUCCCUAAACCAGUCAAGAUAACAAGGGUUUUAAUGUAGAGUUUUAAAAUCCUUAGUUUGUCUUAUAUUUGUUUGCGGUUUUGCCUUAAGUGAUAAUAGAAAUAUUUCUGGCUGGACACCUGUAUAAACUUUUUCUGCAACAUUUUUAAUAAAAUAUCACAGUAUUUUCUAAAAAAAAAAACUGAGAAAAAAAUGAAACGUGGGAGAUUUAAUUGGA